AAUGAUGAAAAAUCGAAAAUUGGUUUUCUGUCAAAAAAAUUUUCUUCGAAGAAAAAAGUAGAGGCGAAGGAAAAGAAAAAGAAUCAGAUAUAAAAAUUCAGAAGUAAUUUUGUUCAAUUUAAAGUGAAUUAAAAUGACUGACUCCAAGUAUUUUACAACAACCAAAAAGGGUGAAAUCUUUGAGCUCAAAUCCGAGUUAAACAAUGACAAAAAAGAAAAAAAAAAGGAAGCUGUAAAGAAGGUCAUUGCAAGCAUGACAGUGGGAAAAGAUGUCUCAGCACUCUUCCCGGAUGUAGUCAACUGUAUGCAGACCGAUAAUUUGGAAUUAAAAAAAUUAGUUUAUCUAUAUUUGAUGAACUAUGCCAAGUCACAACCGGAUAUGGCUAUAAUGGCUGUUAAUACAUUUGUUAAAGAUUUGCCCUCUUCUCGACUACUUCAGGAUUGCGAAGAUUCCAACCCACUGAUUCGAGCCUUAGCAGUCCGAACGAUGGGAUGCAUUCGUGUUGAUAAAAUCACCGAAUACCUUUGUGAACCAUUAAGAAAAUGUCUUAAGGAUGAGGAUCCCUAUGUAAGGAAGACUGCUGCCGUUUGCGUUGCUAAAUUAUAUGAUAUUUCCUCGUCAAUGGUUGAAGAUCAAGGAUUUUUAGAUCAAUUGAAGGAUCUGUUAUCUGAUUCAAAUCCCAUGGUAGUUGCCAAUGCUGUAGCUGCCCUAAGUGAAAUCAAUGAAUCCAGUCAAUCUGGACAGCCAUUAGUUGAAAUGAACUCUGUUACCAUAAAUAAAUUGCUGACAGCACUUAAUGAAUGUACCGAAUGGGGACAAGUAUUUAUCUUGGAUUCGUUGGCCAACUAUAGUCCCAAGGAUGAACGUGAAGCUCAAUCAAUUUGUGAACGUAUAACUCCACGUUUAGCUCAUGCAAAUGCUGCUGUUGUUCUUAGUGCAGUCAAAGUACUGAUGAAAUUGCUAGAAAUGCUAUCGAGUGAUAGUGACUUCUGUUCCACUCUGACAAAGAAACUAGCACCACCAUUGGUGACUUUAUUAUCUUCAGAGCCAGAAGUACAGUAUGUAGCUUUGCGUAACAUCAAUUUGAUUGUCCAAAAGAGACCAGAUAUUCUCAAGCACGAAAUGAAAGUGUUCUUCGUCAAAUACAACGAUCCUAUCUAUGUUAAGUUGGAGAAAUUGGAUAUUAUGAUUCGUUUGGCCAAUCAGAGCAAUAUUGCUCAGGUAUUGAGUGAGUUGAAGGAAUACGCUACUGAGGUUGAUGUUGAUUUUGUUCGUAAAGCAGUAAGAGCUAUUGGUCGGUGUGCAAUUAAGGUUGAACCAUCUGCUGAACGAUGUGUUUCUACUUUAUUGGAUCUGAUUCAAACUAAAGUGAAUUAUGUUGUUCAAGAAGCCAUAGUAGUAAUUAAGGAUAUCUUUAGAAAAUAUCCAAACAAAUACGAGAGUAUUAUUAGUACUCUUUGUGAGAACCUCGACACCCUCGAUGAACCAGAGGCCCGAGCUUCUAUGGUUUGGAUUAUUGGCGAAUAUGCAGAGCGUAUUGACAAUGCCGAUGAGUUGUUGGACAGUUUCCUUGAAGGUUUUCCAGACGAAAACGCUCAAGUACAAUUGCAAUUGUUGACCGCUGUGGUUAAGCUUUUCCUUAAGCGCCCAUCAGAUACCCAAGAGUUGGUUCAACAUGUUCUCUCUUUGGCCACUCAGGAUUCUGAUAAUCCUGAUUUACGUGAUCGUGGUUUUAUCUAUUGGCGUUUGCUAUCAACAGAUCCAGCUGCUGCUAAGGAGGUUGUGUUGGCUGACAAACCAUUGAUUUCAGAAGAAACUGAUUUGCUUGAACCAACACUUUUAGAUGAACUUAUAUGUCACAUUAGCUCUUUGGCAAGUGUCUACCAUAAGCCACCAACUGCAUUUGUUGAAGGUCGAGGUGCUGGAGUGCGUAAGUCACUUCCUAAUCGUACUGUUGGAGCUGAAGCCCCAGCAGAGUCUCAAUCUGAGGCUACUGUGAUUCCCAAUCAAGAAUCCCUUAUUGGGGAUCUGCUCUCAAUGGACAUCAACACACCUGCCGCUCCUGUUGCAGUACCAGCAGCUAAUAAUAUUGAUUUGUUAGGUGGUGGCUUGGACAUUUUGCUUGGAACUGGACCAACUGAACCUGUGACUGGAGGAACAUCUGGCCUUUUGGGUGACAUAUUUGGCUUGGGCUCUGGUGGCAUCUCACCAAUGGUUCAAAUUCCAAAAAUAAUCUGGUUACCAGCUGAAAAGGGCAAAGGAUUGGAAAUUCAGGGAACAUUCUCCCGCCGAAAUGGUCAAAUUUCAAUGGACCUCACAUUCACCAACCGGGCAAUGCAAGCAAUGAGUGCUUUUGCCAUUCAAUUAAACAAAAACAGUUUCGGUCUUGUUCCCGCAUCACCUCUUCAGGUAGCACCACUAGCCCCAACACAAAGUUGUGAAGCCAGUCUCCCGAUGGGUACCACUGGACCAGUUCAACGCAUGGAACCCCUCAACAAUUUGCAAGUUGCAGUUAAGAACAACGUGGAUAUCUUUUACUUUGCCUGUCUGGUACAUGGAAAUGUUUUGUUUGCCGAAGAUGGACAAUUGGACAAACGUGUAUUUCUUACAACAUGGAAAGAAAUUCCAGCUGCCAAUGAAGUGCAGUACAGUUUGUCUGGUGUAAAUGGCAAUACCGAUGCUAUUGCAUCAAAAAUGACCGCCAACAAUAUAUUUACCAUUGCCAAGAGAAAUGUCGAAGGUCAAGAUAUGCUCUAUCAAUCACUUAAAUUAACCAAUAGUAUUUGGGUUCUUCUCGAGCUCAAAUUACAACCUGGCAAUCCAGAUGCAACACUCAGUUUGAAAUCAAGAUCAGUUGAAGUUGCUCCAAUGAUUUUCGCUGCAUAUGAAGCCAUUAUUCGUUCUGCUUAAGAAUAAACAAAA